AUGUUCUCCCCCCUCCUCCUAAGCAUCACCCUCCUCACCACCCUGUUAUUCACAAACCCAGCCCUCUCCUCCCCCGUCCCCGUCCCCGUCCCCGUCCCCGAUCCCAUGCCCCAGCCACAACCACAAGCAACAUCCAUCCCCACCCCCACCACCUUGCAACAGGGAGCCUACUGGAUCCGCGCCGUCGUCCAGCCCAACUACCACAAAUACCUCCAAACCAAACCCGCCAACCUUCCCGGCCCCGCCCUCAUCGAGUCCUACACCACAGCAGGGCAAUUCAACAUCAUCGACGGGCAGCUCGUCAACAAGGUAUCUUCCCCCGCGCUAUACAUGUGGGUGGAGGAGCCGGCCGAUAAGGCGAACCCGCCCCGGACGCUGGCGACGUGGUUUAAUGCCACGAAAAACCCGUUUGGCACAUUUGCGUGGCAGGGGGAUACGCUUACUUGGAGCGUGCCGAGUGUGAAGAGGCAGAAUGUCGCGGCUUGGUUGGUUUGUAAAGGGCAGGCGCUGUUUGUGAAUACGGGGGCUUAUGGGUAUCAGACGCCGGCGGGGUGUGCGGAUCAGACGAUACACUACUAUAACGACAAGACUGCGAACAACUAG